GCCAAAAACACCCCUCAUUUUAUCAAAAACCAGAAAAUAAAAUAAAACCAAAAAAAUAAAAUUUCAAAAAAGGUCUGAGUCUCACCUGAAAAUUAAAAAAAUUCAAAUUUUUUAUUUUAGGAUUACCAAACACAUCGCUAUCUCUAUCUAUCAAUCAAAUAGUCAAUCAAUUUUGGUGCGUUGUAAUCUAGGUUUUGUCCAGUUGAAGGUGGAGGAAUAAUGGAUCAGCAAGUGAAAGAUGCCCUAAACGCACUGUAUCAUCAUCCAGAUGAAGCGUUUCGAUCGCAAGCUGAUCGGUUUUUACAGGAAAUUCAACGCUCAAUCGAUGCCUGGCAGGUUGCUGAUAAUAUGCUUCACGAUCCCACUAGCAAUCUCGAAACCUUAAUCUUUUGUUCUCAAACCCUCCGAAGCAAGGUACAAAGAGAUUUUGAAGAACUGCCUUCUGAAGCCUUUGGACCAUUACGAACUUCCUUAACUACCUUACUGAAAAAAUUUCAUAGGGGCCCGCCUAAAGUCAGGACUCAGAUUAGCAUUGCUGUUGCUGCCCUGGCUGUACAAGUUCCUGCAGAGGAUUGGGGAGAUGGUGGUAUAGUGAAUUGGCUAAAGGAUGAGAUGAAUUCCUAUCCAGAUUAUAUACCAGGAUUCUUGGAGCUAUUAACAGUUUUGCCAGAGGAAGUGUUCAACUAUAAGAUUGCUGCUCGUCCAGAAAGGCGUCGCCAAUUUGAAAAAGAGUUGACUUCUCAAAUUGAGGUUGCUCUUAAUGUUUUGACAGUUUGCUUGAAAAUUAAUGAACUUAAGGAGCAGGUUCUUGAGGCAUUUGCUUCUUGGCUUCGGCUUAGGCAUGGGAUUCCUGGAUCUGUGCUUGCUUCUCACCCUUUGGUGCUUACAGCUCUCUCAAGCCUGAAAACAGAGCUACUUUCAGAGGCAGCUGUGAAUGUCAUAUCAGAAUUGAUACACUAUACAACAUCAGGGAAUUCUGGUGGUAUUUCUGUACAAAUGCCUUUAAUUCAAGUGCUCGUGCCUCAAGUUAUGAUUUUAAAGGAACAACUGCGGGAUCCUUCAAAGGAUGAAGAAGAUGUGAAGGCCAUUGCUCGAUUAGUUGCUGACAUGGGUGAUUCAUAUGUGGAGUUGAUUGCAACUGGUUCCAGUGAAGCAAUGGUGAUUGUAAAUGCAUUACUGGAAGUUGCUUCACACCCAGAAUAUGACAUUGCUUCCAUGACAUUCAAUUUUUGGCACAGUCUUCAAGUUAUCUUGACUAAGAGGGAUUCAUAUACUUCAUUUGGUGAUGAAGUGUCCAUUGAAGCUGAGAGAAGUAGAAGGUUGUUAGUUUUUCGGUCAGCGUAUGAGUCACUUGUAUCCCUGGUUAGCUUUCGAGUGCAAUAUCCCCAGGAUUAUCAAAAUCUUUCAAUUGAAGACCUCAAGGAUUUUAAACACACGAGAUAUGCUGUUGCGGAUGUGUUAAUUGAUGCAGCAUCAGUAUUAGAUGGUGAUGCAACUCUGAGAAUUUUAUACAUGAAACUUGCCGAGGCUCAAGCUUGCUGGGCAAAUGGACAAAGUGAAUGGCGUCCUGCAGAAGCUGCUUUGUUUUGCAUCAGAGCUAUAUCAACUUACGUUUCAGUGGCUGAAGCUGAAGUAAUGCCCGAGGUUAUGUCUUCGCUGCUAGAACUGCCACAUCAGGCCCAGCUGCUUCAGACAGUGUGCUUAACAAUUGGAGCAUAUUCAAAAUGGCUUAAUGCUGCAUCAGAUGGAUUGCCUUUAUUAUCUUCAGUCAUGAGAAUACUCAUGCAUGGCAUGGGGACAUCUGAAGAUUCUGCAGCUGCUGCAGCUGUGGCAUUCCGACACAUCUGUGAUGAUUGCCGGAGAAAGCUCUGUGGAUAUCUUGAUGAUCUCUUCUCUAUAUACCAUAGGGCAUUGAUAGGAGAAGGUAAUUUUAGAAUCUCCGCUGAAGAUUCUUUGCACGUAGUCGAAGCCUUAAGUAUGGUCAUUACAGAACUUCCUCCUGACCAAGCUAAGCAGGCUUUGGGGCAAUUAUGCUUGCCAAUUGUUACUUCUCUACAGGGAGUUUUAAAUCAAGGUCCAGAAAUAUUGGAGAAGAGACCUGCUAGGGAAUUAACGGUUCACAUUGAUCGACUUGCAUACAUCUUUAGGUAUGUAAAUCACCCUGAAGCUGUGGCAGAUGCAAUUCAAAGGCUUUGGCCUCUUUUUAAAGCAAUUUUUGACCUUCGUGCAUGGGACAUGCGAACAAUGGAGUCUCUUUGUCGAGCUUGUAAAUAUGCCGUGAGAACAUCUGGAAGGUUCAUGGGAGUCACGAUUGGAGCAAUGCUAGAAGAGAUCCAAGCGCUUUAUCAGCAACAUCAUCAACCUUGCUUCCUUUAUCUCUCUAGUGAAGUUAUCAAGAUAUUUGGUUCUGACCCAUCUUGUGCAAGUUACCUGACAAAUUUGAUUGAAGCCCUCUUCAAGCGAACAAUAUGUCUUCUUACUAAUAUCAAGGAUUUCACUGCCAGACCAGACAUUGCGGAUGAUUGUUUUCUGUUGGCAUCAAGAUGCAUUCGUUAUUGCCCUCAACUAUUUAUUACAUCUACUGUAUUUCCAUUUUUGGUCGAUUGUGCCAUGAUUGGUGUCACAGUACAGCAUAGGGAGGCUUCCAAUUCGAUACUGACGUUCUUGUCUGACAUUUUUGAUCUGGCAAAGUCUAGCGUUGGGGAACAUUUCAUAUCUGUCAGAGAUAGUGUGAUUAUUCCUCGAGGUCCCAGCAUAACAAGAAUUUUGGUCGCAUCAUUGACCGGGGCACUUCCUAGUUCUCGAUUAGAGACGGUAGCAUAUGCUUUAUUAGCAUUAACUCGCGCAUAUCUAAAUAAGACAGUGGAAUGGGCGAUGGAGAGUAUUUCACUAAUUCCGCAGACUGUCAUCUCCGAAGUAGAGCGUGCUAGAUUUAUAAAAGCACUGUCGGACGCAGCAUCCGGGGUGGAUGUCAAUGUCCUGAUGGCUCCUGUUGAGGAGCUUUCAGAUGUUUGCCGGCGAAACAGAACAGUCCAAGAGAUCGUGCAGGGGGCGUUAAGGCCACUCGAAUUGAAUUUGGUCACUGUAUCAUAAAGGGGGAGUAAAAUAAAAGAAAAGUGCAUUCUUGCUUAGUAUUUUUUCUGCUAAUCACGAGUCACAUGAGGUAUAUUAAAAAGUUCCAUUCAUUGAUCAUAUUUGUGUAUUUAUUCAAUCAUUUCUCCAAUUUUUUUAGGAGAAUCAUUUUCACCUAAUAUUGGUUGGGAGAGAAUGGGUGUUGUAACUUUUCAGAUUUAUGAGAUAUUGGGUUGCUGAGAGUGGUUUGAACCGCAAUGGCUUCAAUUUUUGGGGGAAAAAGUUUUCGGUAUAAAAAGAUGUAAUGUUAGUGUGCAAUAGUGAAAGAAAAGCAAAGGAAUUAAAUACAUUGGAGAUGUACUUUCGGUUAUUACACGGAGUUUUCGCAUA